GUAUCUAGAGUGUUUGUGCAGCAGCACACACCUUCCUCCCCUUUGUCUUCGGUGCGUAAUGAGUGCGUCAGGUUUCAGCCUUCGGCUCCUUCUCGGUUCACAUAUCGAGUCAGCAGACAAAUCUUUUCCGGUUUUUGCGGUCAAAGGGUUUUUCAGAUCUUCUCAGACUAAAGUCAGAGUUAUAAUCUGGACUCUGUGAGAUGGAUUCACGGACUCUACCCGCAGUCCUCCUGCUUCUCUUCGGUUUGACGACAGCUUUCGCUCAGACUUCCGCACCUGGACAAGCUUGUGAGUUGAAGAAUGGGACAAGCUGCGAGGAAUGUCUGAAAAAUGUGACGUGCCUGUGGUGCAUCAAAACCAAGUCGUGUGUAACGUAUCCAGUGAAGACCAUCCUUCCACCCCAUGCACUCUGUCCACUCAAUGACGCACGCUGGGGGAUCUGCUGGAUGAACUUCCAGACGUUGAUAAUCACCUUGGCAGUACUUGGUGGAAUUCUCAUCAUCGCCUUCAUCGUCUGCCUGUUCUGUUGCUGCAAGUGUGAGAACUUCGGAUCAAAAAGGUUCGAGGCCAAAAUGGAGAAACAGGCCAAUAAGACGAAAACCAAGCAGGAAGAAAGGAGGGCAGAAAUGAAACAGAGACAUGACGAUAUCAGGACGAAAUAUGGUCUACGUGGGCAAAAUCCAUACUCCAAAUUUGCAUGAGAGGAUUUACACCACGACCCUGCUGUUUUGCCGUGAACUCUGACCUCUCAAGCAACAGAAAUCAACAACAUGUCUUGUGGUUGUGAAAGUAGAUGGGAUCAUUUAUGUAAACUAUAAUCAAGACAAUUUCAGAAAAGUGACAGUUGCUUUGUAUAUUUUAAUAGGCAGGCUCGUCUAGCUUCCUCCCACCAAUGAACAGCAAUGUUGUGUUGAUUGUGAUGACUUAAGAGGAUGUAACGAAAAGCUAGAAUAGAUACGUGGCAGCAGUGUUCUUUAAUACUUUAAUAGUCUAUCCUGUGGCUUUAUAGCAUCAGUCUAGUUCUACUAUUUAUUAGGGUUAACUUUGAAGUUUAAUUGUACAGAAUGGAAAAUAAUCCAGUUUGGUUGCAGGACCAUCUUUCUUUUUUUUCUGAAGUAAAUCUGCAAACCUGCUUUGCUCCUGUGAGUUGCUGCUGAUUUAGAAUUUUUUUCUUAGAAAGUGAUAACCUAUUUUUGUACUUUGUGAUUUCUUCUCUUGUUCUAAAUGGACUCACUUUUCAAAAAAUGUAGGCGUUUCUGCUCUAUGUUUCACUGAAAUUAAUUAAUCUUCACCAUUGCUUCCAGAAUUUAUAAAGUAAUCAUGAAAUUCUUGAAUAUUUAACUUGUUGAUGUUAAAUUUGGAUGAGUUUUCCGUAAUUCUACAUUUGCCUGUGUAUCUUGUAAAUACACACAAGCCAAAUAAAAUACUUUGGAUUAAG